AACUGCUAGUGGUUUCGAAGUUGAAGGGGGAAUAGAAUUUGUUCAUUCCUUCCUUCCAUUCUUUUCGCCGGGCGAGGGUUUGUGUGAAUGUCAGCUACGGAUACGUAUUUUUUAAAGUACUGAUUGUCAAGUUGGAAAAACGCAGUGAGGACUUGCUUGGCGCCUCUCUGAAACAAAAACAUUAAAUUUUUGCAGCAAAGGAGAUUUUAAAAGAUUUUGUAAUUAAAUUCUGUAAAGAGGAAUGAUGACAAUGGAGCUGCAGAUUCAGGUGGCGCAGGCAGUUCAGGUGUUGAAUCAUGAUGUACAUUCAGGCAACAGAGUGGCUGCCAAUCAGUGGCUUGUGGAAUUCCAGCAGACGGAUGUAGCGUGGGAAGUGGCUACCACUAUUCUUGCUUCGAAUUCGCCUUUCUUGCAAGAUUUAGAAGUCGAGCUCUUUGCUGCGCAGGUUCUUAAAAGAAAGAUUCAAAAUGAAGGAGUCUGCUUACAACCUGAAGCAAGAAACGCCCUGCAAACUGCUCUUCUUUUGGCUACAAAGAGAUAUAGCUUGGGUCCUCCUUCGCUCUUAACUCAGAUCUGCUUGGCAUUAUCAGCGCUUGUUCUCCGAUCAGUAGAACUGAAAAAACCAAUUGAACAGUUAUUUGCAAGUUUGAAUGAACUACAGGGACAAGGAAGUGGUAGCAGUGCAAUUUUGGAAUUGCUUACAGUUUUACCCGAAGAAGUAAUUGAAGACCAAAAGAAUAAUAGUACAGUGAGUUCAGCUCGAAGGUGGCAAUUUAGUCAAGAACUUCUUUCACAUACUACUGCUGUCCUUGAGUUUCUACUGCACCAGACCGAAGGAAAUGUUGAGGAUAACAUUCAAAGGCAUGAGAAGAAUCGCAAAAUUUUGCGAUGCUUUCUAAGUUGGGUUCGGGUUGGCUGCUUUAUGGAGAUUCCCCAAAAUGUGUUGCCAGCACAUCCAUUGCUAAAUUUUGUGUACAAUUCCUUGCAGGUCUCCUCAUCAUUUGACUUGGCAAUAGAAGUUCUUACUGAGCUUGUGAGUCGCCAUGAGGGUCUACCACAAGUAUUUCUUUCUAGGAUACAAUCGUUUAAAGAUGGAUUAUUGGUGCCAGCACUGGCAAGUGGAAAUGAAAAGAUUAUUAGCGGUCUUGCAUGUUUGAUGGCAGAAAUUGGGCAAGCUGCUCCUGCUCUGAUUGCAGAGGCAAGCCCAGAAGCCAUUAUACUUGCCGAUGCUCUUUUGAGAUGCGUCGCUUAUCCAACUGAGGAUUGGGAUAUAGCAGAUUCAACCUUGCAAUUUUGGUGUGGCCUUGCUGGUUAUAUUUUGGGAACAGAGUUUGAAGGAAGCCGCAAACAUAUGGCUUUGGUUGUAUUUGUCCCUGUCUUCACAGCAUUACUUGAUGCUCUUUUGCUUCGUUCCCAGAUUGAUACUAGUAAUUUGAGUGUGGAUGAGUUAGAUGAACUAUUUGACAUUCCUGAUGGGCUUGCUCAUUUCCGAUUGAAUAUGGAGGAGCUUCUGAUUGAAAUUUGUCAUCUUUUGGGGCCAACACAGUUUAUUCAAAAGUUGUUUGCUGGAGCAUGGAGCUCAUCAGAAGCUACAAUUCCAUGGCAAGAUGUAGAAGCGAAAGUUUUUGUGCUUAAUGUGGUGGCAGAGAUAGUUUUGCAAGAUUCACCAACUUUUGAUUUUUCGAUCUUAAUGCAACUGGUCAUUUUUCUGUCCAACAAUUCCUCUGUUGGACUAACAGGAUUUAUGUUUUGGGUGCAAAAAUCUGUUGCUGAUGCUUUGGGGUCAUACUCAAAGUGUGUUAGCUUCGUUAAUCAUGCUAUUGUUCCUUUGUUAUUAUUUUUGUCUUCAGGGCUUUCACGGCCUGUCACAACAAGCGCAUGUGCUACUGCUUUGCGUAGGAUUUGUGAAGAUGCUCCCAGAAUUAUAGCUGAACCAUCAAAUUUGGAGGUUCUUAUAUGGAUUGGAGAGGGUCUAGAAAAGAUGCAUCUACCUCUACAAGAAGAAGAAGAUGUAAUUAGUGCAGUUGCAAUUGUUCUUAAUGCAGUUUCUAAUAGAGAGCUGCUGGAAAAAUCCUUGGAAAGAUUGUUGAAGUCCAGCUAUGAGGCUAUUGAAAUGCUGCUUACAAUAGACAGUGAAGGUUCUUUCAGACAACAUUCAAGUGGUUAUGCUCAUUCUUUAGAGUCGGCUGGAAGGGCUUUCUACAGGAUUGGUACUAUAUUCUUUCAGCUUUCCAACCCAGCUUUGCCUUCACCAGUAGGAGAGGAAUCUAUCCUCCUUGUACUCAGACAUUUUUGGCCACUUUUGGAACGUAUUUUUGGCUCUCCUCAUAUGCAAAAUUGUGGUUUGUCGAGUGCUGCUUGUAAAUCUCUUUCCCAAGCUAUCCAAGCCUCAGGUCAGCAAUUCUCAUCGUUGUUGACAAAAGUAAUGGAUUGCCUAUCAACAAAUUUUCUGUCCUUCCAAAGUCAGGAAUGCUUCAUAAGAACUGCAUCUGUUGUCAUUGAGGAGUUUGGCCAUGAAGAAGAAUUUGGAUCAUUAUGUAUUAGUACAUUCCAGAGAUUUACAGCGGCAGAGUCAAUUUCAGCAUUGAAUUCCUCUUAUGUUUGUGAUCAAGAGCCUGAUCUAGUUGAGGCAUAUACAGGCUUCACAUCAACAUUUGUCCGAUGCUGCCCUAAGGAGGUGGUGGCGGCAGCUGAAUUAUUGGUUGAAGCUUCUGUCCAAAAAGCAGCCAUAUGCUGCACUGCCAUGCAUCGUGGAGCAUCUCUUUCAGCCAUGUCAUAUAUGUCUUGUUUUCUGGAGGUCAGUCUAUCAUCAAUACUGGAAUCAGGAUCUUGCAUUCUCGAAAGUUCACUUAGUGAUGUGGCACUGAAGAUAUGUUCCCGUGCCGGGGAGGGCAUUAUAUCGGGUCUGCUAUAUGCUCUGCUAGGUGUUUCGGCAAUGACAAGGGUCCACAAGUCCACAACUAUCCUACAACAACUCGCUGCCAUUUGCAGUGCAAGUGAAGGAACAAACAAAAAAGGAAUCAUUUGUUGGAACUCUUUACAGAAUUGGCUUCUUAGCACGGUGCAUGCCUUGCCAGCUGAAUAUCUGAAGCCAGGUGAAGCAGAAACUCUAGUUCCAACAUGGUUGAAAGCUCUUCAAGGUGCAGCCAUAGAUUACCUUGAGAGCAAGAAAUCUCAAGGAGGAGGGAAUCGUGGAUACAUGCAAGGUGUUGGUGGCCGUUCAUUAAAGCAGAUUGUUCGAGAGUUCACAGAUACGCACAGACAUGUGCCUCCUAGCUUUAAUUCUAAUUAACAUUGUUUGAUGAUACAAUGUGAUGCACAAGCCUGUGUAAUUCUAAAGUGUUGUUUAUUCCAUUGCAAAGCAGUUGUCCCUAGGUUUAGUUGUGCUCAGUAAAGGUCUAAGCAUCGAUUCAGUGCCAUGCAGCUCAUUGUAACGAGAAAUGUAAAUUGAAGUGAUUUGUUGAGCCCUAGCUACUGGCAUUGGCUUGAUUCGUUGAGUUAUUAUUCUCUGUGUUCCAUUCUUAAGCAGAAAAAGCUGCUUUAUGUACAGUAUUAUUUGUAAAGGUUAACUACACAAAUAAGAGUAAUGUUUUCCAUGCUUA